AUGGCAACGGGUAGUGGCGGCACAUCAUCACAACCUGCUGGUAGACUACGCAUACCGAUCGUGUACGGCGCGGACGAUCAGUGCUCGAGCAGCAACGAAACGGGGACUUCCGGAAACUUUGCUAUUCGACGUCGUCGUCCAAUCGGGCUGUACCAAGCUGGUAUGCGUUCGCUGACACAUCCAGCGCCGAGCAGCGAGGCACCUCCAGAGCGUAUGAGUGCUCGCAUGCGAGGCCGACAACGGGCUGCACUUCGAGGACGAGGAAAACCCCGUGGCGCAAAACACUGA